UGACUGCGUUGCACUUUCACAUGAUAUUUUCAAAAUUAUUAUAUUUAUUAUAAAGCAAACCAACUGCGCGAUGAAAAUGAAUAACAAACACAAUACAAUGAAUUAGGAUGUCUCAAUAAAGUGAAUUUUUGGCAUGUUGAGGAUAUGUUAUUCUCUGACAAAAUGCAAGUUAUCCCUAAAUGAUAUAUCGUCCAGAUUGUAUUGUAACAAAAAACAAUGGCUCUUCAAUGAACAUGAUCUAUCUGAAAUGUAUGUUCGAGGAUGGGGUCCAGGCGGUCAGUCAAUUAAUACAACAGCAAAUUGUGUUGUUUUAAAACAUAUUCCUACUGGUAUUGUGGUGAAAUGUCAGGACAGUAGAGAAUUGGAAAGAAAUCGUGAACUGGCACGUCGAAGAUUAAAUGAUAAACUCGAUGUAUUUUACAAUGGUGAAGAGAGUACUAUUGAGCAAAUUCGUCGAAAAGAAAAAGCAAAAGAAAAUCAGCGGUAUCUAAAAUCAAAAAAACGUUUAGCAGCAAAAAUGGCUUUUAAAGAACGUGAAGGUUUGACAAAGAAAUCCUCUACUACUACCACUAACAGUAGUAGUAGUAGUAGUAUUGAUAGUGAUAGUACAGAAAACAAUAUGAAGGAUAAUUGACCCUUCUUUCUUUUUUUUCUAAUCUUAGAUAUGAUUUCUCUUCUUCUUUCUGUAUAUAUU